AUGGCAGACAACAACAGUCAAAGUCAGAAUAAGCAGGAGGAAGUUCCUUCUGCAGAUGCACAAAACUCGCCGCCGGCGAUAAUGGAGGAAACUAAUAAUAAUAAUAAGCAGAAGGAAGUUGCUACGGAAGACGUAGAACCUCCGGCCGGCGGCGCAACCAGUGACAGGCCGUCGCAGGUGCAGCAAAUACUGAACAGGGCGGCGCCGUACGUGCAGCCGUUCUCGUUUACGUCACUCCUGACGUCAGCCAUGGCGGAGUCUGCCUCCGACGAGCGAAAUCUCGAGGAGAUGAUCUCACUCCACGAAGAGAAGCUGAGGGAGGAAGCCGCCGCCGCCGCCGCCGCGGCGCCGCCGCAGGAGGCGGGAAGCAGCAGCAGCCCCCGCACGGCGGAGGAGAGGGCGGCGAAGAGGCUGAAGGAGAAGGAGGAGGAGCUGUCGGAAGUUAUGGCGAAGAAGGCGGAGCUGGAGAGUCAGGCGGAGGAGAUGAUGGCGGAGGCGGGGAGGCUGGCGGCGAGGAUGAGGUACAUUGAGCAGGAAUUGUUGUACCUUAGAGGGGAGGCGCAGCCGGCGGCGGAGGCGGAGGCGCUGGCGUGGCGGGAGGCCGAUGCGAUGAUGAGGUGGCUGCGUACGGACUGCUGGAUUUGCAACCAGGGUAGGGUGGCGACGGUGGUGCUGCUGCCGUGCUACCACGUGGCGGUCUGUACGGACUGUGAACCGGCGGCGAAGUCCUGCCCGGUUUGCGGCGCGGCGAAAGUCCGCGGCGUUGAAAUUAAUCGCGGGAGCAGCAGUCAGCGCCCUCACCAAUAA